UUACAGUAGGGGGGUAUAUAAGGGGACUGGCCCGUAGUGUGGCCAUCAUACUCUCAGGAUCACUUGACAGUAAUCAACUAGUCAGCAAUAUUUCGACAUCAUGCAACUUUCUUGCUUCUUUCUCUUCGUCUUGGCGUCCUGCGCGGCGGGCGCGCCGUGCGACGGAUCAGGCUGCGACGGCGGGGGCGGCGGCGGCGGCGGCGGACUAAUUGGAGUUCUAAAUAAGCCUAAUAUAGGCGUUGCCGCUCCAAUAAACGUCCUUGGAGCUCAAAAAGCUGCUGGAUCGGUUGGCGAUGGCCAAAAGAGCGUAGUGAAACAAGGAGGCACCGGAGGCACCGGAGGCGGCGGCGGCGAUGACUGCUCCGAUGGUGAUGUAGGAACUGACAGAGGAACCACGGUGGUCGAAAAAGACCGUGAUGUGGGAACUGACAGAGGAACCAAGGUGGUCGAAAGAGACCGUGACGUAGGAACUGACAGAGGAACCACGGUGGUCGAAAGAGACCGUGAUGUUGGAACCGAUAGAGGAACCAGGGUGGUCGAAAGGAACAGUGAUGCAGGAAAUGACAGAGGAAGCAGGGUGAUCGUAAAAGACAGUGAUAGAGGAAGUGACAGAGGAGGAAGAGGGGGCCAAAGAGAAAUUGUUGAUGGCCGCUACGAGAAUGUACGCACUGAUUCUGGACGCUCGGAGAAUGUACGCACUGAUUCUGGAAGCCACGAGAAUGUACAAACUGACUCUGGACGCUACAGGGAAGUAAGAACUGUUCCGGUUGAAAAAUGCGACUAGAUGCUUCCUUAAGGCGAGGAGAGGGAGGCGUUGCGAUGUUCGAUGUUGCUUUAUUUUUAUUACGGUUCCCGAUUUUUAUUAAUAAGAAAAGAAAAUAUAAAAAAAUCAAAGAAAAAAAUUAAAUUUACAGACAAUAAAUAAGAAUUUAACUAUUAAAAAAAUACAAAAAUAACCUGCCCUGCGGAUUAAUUAAUUACAUCACACGUUGAGUGGUAAGAGGGGGUCAAGAAUAUGUGAGAAGAGGGAGGGGGAAUCACAAACUUUGUGACGUCACUUUAAAUUCAUCAGUUAAGUUAAAUAACGAGUUUUUAGAACGAUAAUCGUUUAUAUUCGUUUAACUUUCGUUCCUAGUCGGUUUUGAGUAGUAAAAUUACUAAUAUUUCUAUUGAUAUUUUGAUAAAAUCUUAAGAUUACCUACCUAAUUCGAGUAUGACGUCGGACAAGUGUGACAACGAGAAAGGGGAGGGGUCAAAAAACCUAAAAAAAUAAUAGAUGACCCCUAAUAUGUACUUGUUGGCUAACUGUACGUUAAAUUCUUAUUUAUUCUUUUAUUCCUGAGCUUUUCGGAAUUAAAAAUAUUUUUGUAAUGAAAUGCGUUUUGGAAAUAAAUUAUUUUUGUAUCAUCA